AUGUCCCACGAUGCUUCCACCUCCUCAAACAACGCACUGAAGGCGCCCACUAGUCCUGCGACGCUGCUUAACGAGCGGAACGAGGUCGAGGCCGGUUCAUCAGUGACGGACGAGGAGCGCGACAGAGCGGCUGGGGGAGGGACGGCGGGGGCGGAGGGAGAUGAGAGAGGCGAGUUUGGCGGAGAGGAGGAAGAGGAGGGUGAGGGACUUAUGGGCAAAGGAAGGGAAGGGGCGGAGGAAGUGGAGGAGGAGGACGAGCGGGAUGCGACGCCGAGGGCUUCUCUCGAGGUUUCCUCCCGCUUGUCAGAAGCGGCGGAGGGUGUACCGAUUCGCCAGACGUUGGAGGAUGAGCCAGCGUCUUCUUCUCCGACUUCAACGACGCCCGUACAAUGGACCUUCGUUCCCUCUUCUUCUUCGCCUCUCUCCUUCUUUCCACUCGCCUCGCCCUCCUUAACCUCGGUCUCCACAUCCACCACCCAGCAGCGCCUAACCGACCCUCCCACACCUCUGGCGGUCCCAGGCGGCUGGUCCUCCUCGCGCUGGACCGACGCUCCUUUGCGUUGGCGGGUAUUGGCGAAGGGGAAGGGUCGUGCGAGCUCAGAAGAGGGUGAAGGAGAAGACGAGGACGAGGAUGAGGGACUGAUUCUACCGCCGCCUUUUCUGGCGGACGAUUCGCCGAAAGAAAGUUUCGAUGGCCUCCUCGGCGCCCGCACUUCUCGCCGCCUCUCCCGCCUCGCACGCCACCACGCCCGCCUCUACGCCCAAGGCCGUGCUCCGCCGCCUCCGUUCCCGCACAAUGUCGUCAAGGCGGCGGGGAAGAUCGUUAGGUUGCUUGGACCGCCGGGGGGAUACGAGACGGGCGGGGUGGGGUUGAAGGGGAAGGAGGAGGAGAGGGAAAAGAAGGGAAAGGGGAAGGGGAUAUCCCUUGACCAGGCGGCGCAGAUUGUGGAGACUGCGCUAGGGAAGGAGGGCGCGGAAGAAGGCGGAAGACAGGAGGAGCGGCAGAGGAGGAGGGUCAAGAGGGCUGAGAGCGGGUUGAGGGCUUAUGAGAUUGGAGUUGAGGUUGGAAGGAGGGUUGCGGGACGGUUGGAGAGGCAUAGGAGUAGGAAGGGGCAGGCGGGUUCACAGCCCACCGCAGAGCAAGAGCGGGAGCACGGUUCAGGGAGGGCGGAAUCGCUCGUUGCCGUUACGCCGGCGCAGCUCCUGGGCGUACCGCCGAGUCCGUCGUCCUCCGACGUCUCGAACAAGCGAUCGCCACCAUCUCGGCUCGCCUUUACGGGCGACAUCGACGACCUUUCGCCUCUUCCGCCCGCCGCGCCCGCUCUUCGUCCUCUCAGCAUCCUCGACCUUCCGCCUCUCCCGACUGUCGCGACUCCCUUCAACCUCGACCCUUCGUCUCCCGACGACUAUUUCGCCUUGCAGAGACGCAGAACCAGUAUCUCUUCGAACUCGCCCGCGAAACUCGCCGCCUUUGCAACACCUUCGACUCCGAAGACCCCCUUCAUUCUCCAGCCUCUUCCGAACCCGUCACCCAUGCGAACAGCCCUGCUCGAUUGGAUCAUCUUCUUCCUCAUCGGCUCGCCUCGACCGCCCUCCGUCGCAGGACUCGACACCUCCCUCGCAACAGUCGGCGGGCUGAUCGGCGUCCUCGUCCACUCGCUCGGGUUCCUCUUCUUCGUCGUUUACCACCUCACCGCCCUGCUUAUAUCGAGCUACGGCGCCCUCCGUGCGACCGCGGUCUUCCUCUACUGGGCUGGGUUGAACUUAAGCGGGCGGACGGAGGUCAGCAAGGCGGUGGUCGAAUACUGGCGGACGUGUCGGGUCGAGUGGGACAAGGUGGUUGACGAGGAAGGAGAGGAUACGGUCUCGGUGUUUGCGGUCGUGAAGGGUGUGCUGGAACUGGCGGCCCUGCAUCGGACGACUCGACGACGCUGGCUUCAGGACGGACCUGGCCGUCUCAAGCUGCUAAAUGGCGACAAGGACGCGCCGACUGGACUUGCGACGCCUCGCUUUGGUCCGCUUCGUCGCCGACACAGCGUUGACCUCGAGCGGCCAUCCAUCACACAGCGACAGCAGUCCUGGCGAUGGACGAGCAACGGGGGCGAAGAAGACGGCGAAGGACUCGUCGUGACUGGCCACGAAGGCGGAGUCUUGCAAGGCUCCAUCAUCUCGCACGAGGAGCCUCACUUCUUCGCGAUCACGCCUUCGCAGCGACCGAGAAAAGCGUCUCCCAACAAGCGUGCAUCGAUCAACCAGCUGCUCGAGGAGGAACCGCCGCCGCUCGACCUAGCAGAACCCGGACCUUCCCAACUUCCUGCUUCGCCGCCGUUACAGCCCAUCGACGAACGCGAAGACCCCGUCGCCGACCUCGUCUCGCUUAUCAAGCGACACUGCCGGCUUUCCACCGCUUCCUACGGCCUGCACACGAUGUUGCCCUCGCCUCCCACUCCGCUCCUCACGCCUUCUGGUCAAACUCUGCCGCAUCGUCUCUUUGCACACCUUGGCGGAUUGGCGGACCACCGUAACGUCCUGCAUGUCGCGCUGCAGAAACGGUACACCGGUAUACCAAGCGUCGAGGACGAGAUCGAGGCGACCUACGCGCCGCAGUUCUACGUCCUGCGGGACGACUUGCGCGCAGAGGUGGUUGUCGUGAUUCGCGGCACUCAGUCUCUGGCCGACGUACGAACCGACCUCGACGGCUCGCUCAUCCCGCUCGACCUGCCAGCUCCGCCAACACCCCUGUCAAGCAAUCCCGCAAACGACUCGUCCACAGCACGUUCACCGUUCCGUAUCCACUCCGGCAUCCUCGCAACUGCACGACACCUCCUCUCACCCAGCUCGACUUCUCCCUUGUACUCGAAGCUUGCCGCCAUUCUUGCCGAGCAUCCCCGUUACGGCCUCGUCUUCACCGGUCACUCUCUCGGCGCCGGGCUCGCCUCGUCGCUCGCCAUCCUUCUUGGCGAGUACGAUGAAGCCGAAAGGCGCUGGGUCGUCUCCGACUCAUCGUCGCUCGCAUCGCCCUCCUCGAUGCCCUUCCGUCGCCCAAUCCGGGCCGUCUGCUUCGCCCACCCGACAACCGUCAACGCACCGCUCUCGCGAUACUGCGCCGCGCCCGACAAUCCAGACGGCGUCCCGCUUGUCAUCAACGUCAGUCUCGGCGCGGACGUGAUCUGCAGGAUGGGCAUUCCGCAAGUCAAGGAACUCAGGCGAGCGAUCGGGCGGCUGGACAAGAUGCGAGCGAGAGAGGGCAGCGGGAUCUUGAGCAGUCGACGGGAGUGGGCGAAGCUGGAGCGAGCGGUUGAGGAAGCGCGUGGCCAAGAGCAGGAGCAGCUGGAGCGCAAGAAGGACGAGCUAGAGGACCGAGCGUGGCGACGUCGGUGCGAAGCGGAGGGUUGGCUGGACGGCGGCGAGGCGGUCAAGGAGGAGGCCAUCGACACCGCCAUCCCGGCAGGACGGUGCUACCACCUCGACCACUUGCCCCCAGACGUUGAGAUCAAGCGGCGGGCGGAGCUGCGGGAAGCCCGAAAGGCUGAGGGUCAAGAAACAGGCGCAGACGACGAGGACGAGCCGCUGUGCGCCUUGUACGAGGUGCGCGAUCCGAGGCGGUUCUACGCCAUGCCGCUGCUAGAAGCGGAUCUUGUAGCGGCGCACAUGCCGAAGGCGUACUUAGACCAGGUGGAAUCGCUUUAG